AUGGGCAAUCGGAUGGUCAAGGCUGAUUCUCUGGACCAGCGAAUGGAUUCUGAUCUAGACACGCUGAAAAAGAUGCGAGUAGUGAACAGAAAUGGUCGGCUGGACUGGAACGAUGAACAUUCAGUAAGCUUCCACUCUCAGAUGAAUUUGGUCUCGAAUCGGUUGAUGAAUCACUCCUUCAUCAUGGAGAAGAAGAAGCAGAAGACUUUGCAGAAGAAGAUAGUAAGAAUUGCUUCUCUCUCGAAUUUGAAACAGAAGAAAUCAAUUAGCAGAUCCGUUUCUUUUUCAGAUGAUGUGAUAUCGUUCAUGAUCUUCAACAACUCAACAAUGGAUUUUCUGGAUAUAAUGCAUGGGGAGGAUUUUGACACAGGCAAUGAUUUUGAAAGUACUCCGAGGGAAAAGUUUCCCAAGGAGUGUCACAGCAUGAGCAUGUGUGUAUGA